AGGCUAAUGAAAUAGAGAACGGAUGGUCACCGUAUUAGAAAAUGAAUCGUUAAUUUCUAAACAAUAAAACAUAAUUAUAUAUAUACAUACACUUGAACUUUAAGAUGUUUUCUGGUGCUCAAGUUUGGAAAGGAUUUCUUGUGAUAUUGAAGGAUAGAGAACAGAAUUAGAUUCUGAAGAUCGAAGUGAUGUAUAUCUUUUAAAAUUAAGAUAUGGUUUGAUCAGUCUAUGCACAUUUGUGCGUGGGAAGCUCGGCUGAAAAGUAAUUCUGCAUUUCGUACUAUAAUUGCAUGUAUAUGUCCUGAUUACUAUCAUCGAAUUUCGCCUAACAGCCGCGAUGUACACUGAUAUGUUUUAUGCGAAGUGACUAUUGUCAAGCCGCCUGGUACUCGCAGGGAGUAACGGUAUAUGUGUUUCCUUGUUAAGAUUUCACGUCGAACGCCAUCGAAUUUGUGAUUCUGGAUCCACAGUUUUACAGGAGCGAAGGAGGACAGGACAGAGAGCAAAGGAGAGAGUCGUCCAUUCGUCGCUAUACGUACAAGUGUUGUGCACGAGUGAGUUCACAUUAUGGGGUUCGAUGUGAACCGAUUUCAAGGGGAAGUGGACGAAGAACUCGUCUGCCCAAUAUGUUCCGGCGUCCUGGAAGAUCCUGUCCAGGUGAGGAAUGUGUUACAGGCACCUGUGUGUGAACAUGCCUUUUGUCGAACAUGCAUCAACGAAUGGAUAAACAGACAACCCACCUGCCCAUUGGACCGUACUCCCAUCACAUCUGCUCAGUUGAGAGCAGUACCAAGAAUUCUGAGAAACUUACUGGCUCGGCUUUGCAUUAGUUGUGAUAAUCUUAGGUAUGGAUGUCAAGUAAUAGUCAAACUUGACAGUUUAGUGUCACAUUUGGAACAAUGCGAAUAUAAUCCUAAGAGACCGAUGCUUUGCGAGCAAGGCUGUAGUCUUAUUAUCCCUAAGAAUGAACUGAAGGAUCACAACUGUGUAAAAGAAUUGAGGAACAUCAUACACUCUCAGCAACAAAAGAUCGCUGACAUGAACCGUGAACUAGGUGAACAACAGCUUCAAAUAAAUCAACAUAAGAGGGAGAUACAGCUGUUGAAAGAUUUUAUGAGAGCAUUGAAAGUUUCAAACCCUGCAAUGCGCGUUAUUGCCGACCAGAUGGAAAGAGAAGAGGUCGUGAGAUGGUCUGCUACCCUCCCUAGAGCAAGAGUAACCAGAUGGGGAGGAAUGAUCUCCACGCCUGAUGAUUUGUUACAGACAAUGAUAAAAAGAACUUUAUCAGAAUACAAUUGUCCACCUCAUGUAAUCGAUGAACUAAUGGAGAAUUGUCAUGAAAGGAAGUGGCCUCCAGGCUUAAACUCUCUCGAAACUAGACAAAAUUCUAGAAGACUUUAUGACAAUUACAUUUGUAAAAGAGUUCCUGGCAAACAGGCGGUCUUAGUUCUCUAUUGCGAUAACACUCACAUGCCCGAAGACAUGAUGGUCGAACCUGGAUUAGUGAUGAUAUUCGCGCAUGGUAUAGAAUAAAAUUGCUUGUGCAAUAAUUUUCUAUGCCAAUUUUCUAUGCAUGCCAAGAUAUUUUUAUGUUCAUCUUAUUCUGUUGUUCACCGUGAUCUAAUUCUCGAAUUAUAUGGAAUAUCUUUCACCUUUGUAUUCACGUACAAAUACUAGGAUAUUCUCAUAUAAUUUAUCUUGCAAUUAAUAACGCAGGAUAUAUCUUUCGAAAAAGAAAAUAUCGAGAGGAACAAACGACAUGCCUUUUGUGAUAAACAAUUGUACAUACUGAAUUGCCACAAAAAUCUAAUCGAACGUUUGGAUCAUUACACUGUGAUAUACUAUCUGAUUGAGAAAGUUCCUGAAAUUGCAUGAUAAAUAGUAAACCAUUUCGCCGGUUGUUUCCAGUUUGAUCUCCCAUUGUACAUUUCCAUAAAUUCAUUUGCCCCGUCUAACGUUUAACGAACUAUUUGUCAACUAUUUCAGGAAAUUUUUUUACAUAACGUAGAAGUCUCGAUAGUGUUUUAUUAUAAUACCCUAGAGAAGUAAGAGAUAAAAAAGUAUAAAAAUUAUGUAUAAGGUAAUCGCUAUUAUUAAGAUAUAAAUGUGUUCUAAAUGAUAAGUAUCAGAGCGUGAGACAAUUUAUUCCAUCUUCAGCGUUAUUUAUAUGAUUUUGAUAAAUCAUCUCGGAAUACGUACAAUUAAAUUAGUACACUAUACAACGAUUUAUUAAUGAAUACUCAGAGCGAAUAAGUAUCAUGGCCAUAAGUGUAUCGUUUACAAUGAGUUCGUGCUAUCAAUUUACGAUAAUAGCAAAUUGCUCUUGCAUUGGUUCUGUCGAAAAUUCUGUAAAACGUAUGUUUGAUAUAACAUGUAUAUAACCAAUGAUUAUAGUAUACAGGGUGGACCGGAAAUCGUAGUACAACCGGACAGCUGAUGAUUCUAUAUUAAAAAAGAAGAAAAUAUUUUGGUAUAACAUUUUUUCAUCCGGAGCUCCAUGUUCGUAAAUAUUGGCUCCAAAGUUUGUUCAAUUUGUAAAUGAUUUAGUACAAUUUGCUUGUGCAUUCUACUGCUCAGUGUUUACAAAUCUUGACAACGAUGAAAAAGCAUCUGCACAGUUCAGUUUACAGUAAGAGUUAUACUUUUAUCAAUGGUUGUAAAUACUAUCUCGUACAGAGACAACUAGAGUAGUGAAAUGCAACGACAAGCAAAUUGUACUAAAUUGUUUAUAAGUUGAACAAACUUUAGAGCCGAUUUUCACAAAAACGGAGCUCCGGGUGAAAAGAUAUACCAAAAUAUUUUCUUCUUUUUUAAUAUAGAAUCAUCACCUGCCCGGUUGUAUUACGAUUUCCGGCUCACCUUAUACAAAGAGCAUUUGGACGUUCAGAUUUUUUCAAGUGAAUAUCUAAUAGCAUUUUCUGAUUUUUGUCUGUGCACAAAUACAAAAUAAGUUAGCUUCUUAAAACUGGACUAUCUAUUUUCAAAUGUAAGGUAUCCGCGUGAUGAAGCUUCUUUAUUUCAUUUCACUGGUGCAUAAGAAAAUAUCUCGUAUAGUUUAAUUUGGACAAUUUACUUAUCAUAAUCAUGGAUCAUGCUUCCUUUUAUUUUUUUACAUCUACUUACACGAAUCAUUUUUACAGUAGCUCAAACAGCUUACUAUUUUAAUAUGUUGAGUACUAAGCAACCGACAGCUAAACCUAAAGUUUGAUUUCAUUUCAAGCUGUUUCAUAAUGAGUGUAUUUAUUGAGUUCGGAUAAAGGAAGCAGUAAAUAUUUUUAUAGCACCAUCUAAUAAAUCGAAGCAUCCCCUGUUACAUCGUUAGCACUCAAUGUAUUAAAUGUUGAAAAUUUUUCUUGAAGCUACACAAGCUAUUGAGAAAUUGUAAACAAGUUUUAUAUACAGGUUGAUAGUUGUUAUAACUACAAUAAAUUUGAUUUUAUGUAUUGUAAGCCAUUUAAUGCAUAGUUUAUUCUUUAUAUGUGUGAGCGUGCAAAAAUAUGCAAUAAAAGUAAACAUGCAAGACAAA